CGAGGCUAUGAAUUGGUUAUAUAUAAUAUCAGUACGGCCGCCUGUUGUAUAGCAGUAAACCGACGACAGCCACUUGUUAAUAUUAAGUACUGUUGUAUGUAAACGAUAACUAGUGUAAACCGGGCUGCAGAAUAAUUUGGAAAUACAGUCAAAUAUAUGAAUGUCAAGAUAAAGUAUUGGAUUGUGUUGAUCUAACAGUUAUUUUGGUUAUUGAUUGGACAAGUUCUGGUGUAGGCCGAGAAAGUGCCGCAGGAUUUUCCAGUGUGGUUUCCCCUUGUCAGUGGUGUAGGACAGAGCGAUUGGCAAGCAAAAGGGUGAGGUGUAGGGAGGUAGAGGAAAUUUGACAGUUGAAAUGUCCAUCUAUAAACCAAAGGAUAGUCCUGUUAAUGCAGGAAUGGAGGUGGUAUUUAGAGACAUCAAUGUUAAAAAGUCCAAUGAAAGAAUUUUGAGAAAUGUCAGUGGAAUUGCAAAACCAGGGCGAUUGUUAACUGUUAUGGGACCAAGUGGUUGUGGCAAAACAACAUUAUUAGAUGCCCUGAUGGGAAGAAAUGCCUACCAAUCUGGUGAAAUUACGCUCAAUGGACAACCAUUUAAUAAACAGAUCAAACGUAAACUAAGCUAUGUUAUAAAAGAUGCUGUGUUUUUCCCUAAUGUUACCUUACGAGAAACAUUAAGGUUUGCUGCCAUGUUACGUUUGCCAGAUGCCAUACCAAUCAAACAGAAACUAGCUAGAAUGGAAUCAAUAAUAGAUACACUAGAUAUCAGAAAAUGUCUUGAUAUAGAAAUGGGUAAUAGUACUACAAGUGGUCUAACUGAUGGUGAUAGAAUGAGAGCUAGUAUAGCUUGUGAACUUAUUACUAAUCCUCUUAUGAUUGUCAUUGAUGAACCCACAGCUGAUUUAGAUGCUUUUACUUCCAUUUCUUUAAUAAAAACUCUUAAAGCUUAUACACAGAAAUCCAAUAAAACUGUUAUUAUGACUACACAAAAACCAUCAAGUCAGAUAUUUCAUAUGUUGGACCAACUUCUCCUUUUGAGUGAGGGUCAAGUUAUCUAUUUUGGAGAUUCUCAUAAAGUUAUGAAUUUCUUUGAGAAUAUUGGUUUACAUAUCGAACCCAACUUUAAUCCAGCUGAUUUUAUAUUAGAAAAAUUAGAUGGUGAUAAGGAAACUAGAGAAAAAAUAUCUGAUGCUGCUUUGGAUUUUAGAAAUUCUGAUCAGUGGCCAGAAAUUUUGUCUAAAUCUUCUACAAAUUUCUCAUCUUUGCAACUUAAUCUUGAAAUGAUAGAAGAAGCUAGAAAGAGACCAACACUAGACAGGAAAAAUCCCAUCAUUAAUAUCAAACGUAAAAUAUCAAAUAGGGGGAAAAAAGCUACAGGAGAUGAAGAAGAUAUUGGAAGUGUUGAUAUGAGUUUAAUGGAGUUGGAAUAUCCAGAACUAUUUGUAGAUAAAGACAAAUGGCCAACCAGUUUCUUUACUCAAUUUAAACAUCUGACUGUACGAACAUUUUGGCAGUGCAAGUCACGUAUUUUCAGUAAAAUGAAACUGAUAGAAAGUGUAUUAUUGUGUGUAAUAGUCAGUUUAGUGUGGUUUCAACUACCUAGAAUAGAAGAAACACUGAGAGAUCGUAUGGGAGCAAUAUUUUUUAUUGUGACUAUUUGGGGUAUUAUACCAUUGAUAGAUGCAGUAACAUCAUUUGCCACAGAGCGAGCAGUUAUUGAUAAAGAAAGAACAGCUAAUUGGUAUCGUCUGUCAGCUUAUUAUGUUGCCAAGAUGACCAGUGAGAUUCCACUUCUACUAAUUCCACCAAUUUUCUUCCUCAUAUUUACCUACUGGAUAAUUGGUUUAAAUAAUGUUGGUGGAUUUUUUGGCAUGAUAUUUACCAUUAUUAUAACAGCCAUUACAGGACAGAGCCUGGGUUUGUUUGUUGGUAUUGCUUUUACCAAUGUUAAGACUGGUGUUUCGGUGUCUGUUAUAGCAAUGACAGCUAUUAUGCUAUUAGGUGGUUUUUUCACCAGAAAUUUGCCUUUUUGGUUGGAUUGGGUGAAAUAUUUCUCCUUUAUUCACUAUUCCUUUCAUUGUUCCUUAGUGCUGGAAUUCUACGAUGGAGAGGGUGUACAAUGUUUACAGGCAAAAAAUGAGUCCAAUUUUAUGAUUUGUAAAGAUGUUAAUGCUACCCAUAUUCCACCAGAAGAUAUUCUCUCCAAUCUCGAUAUUCACUUGUCUUACAUUGAAUAUUUCUUACCAUUACUAUUUUUUGCCGCUUUGUUUCGUCUUUUGGGAUAUUUACUUUUACGUUUUGUUCAUUAUCCUAAAUUGCUUUAAAGACAGUGGUUCCUCUUAUUUCAAUCCUAAAUAGAGAUUUACCAGGGUCUGGUUAGUUAAAUACGAGUCCAAUGCUAGAGUGACCCACAGACUGUUUUAACACUACAGCAUCUUGUCACGUGGAUCAAAACAGCGUUUAUGAGAAAAGUGCUCUCAUGGGCUCACUCGUGCACUGUAGGCAGCAAACAAUCGCCCAAAAUAGACAUACACGUGACAAUGAUUCAUUCACUUAUUUAUCAAUGAAGCCAUGAAAAAAAAUUAUUUGUUUAUCGUUGGGACUUUUAAAAAUAAGUAUUUACGAACUAGAUUAAAAUUUUGGCUAAAACUCAGCGAUUUAAUUUCUAAGUUUGUUGAUUGUAACCAAUGACAUAUAUAUUGCAACGGUUCUUGGUUCGGUGUCAACUCAUGUAGUUUCGCCUUUUACUAACUUUUAAACUCACUCUUGCGGCAACGUACCGACACUGCAAGACUGUGAAAGUUACUUUUAUUUAACCGUAAAACCCUGUUGUUAGUUGUCUGGGGCUUAUUAUGCGAAAAUUGAACGUUUCCUCAUAGAUGAUGCGAGCCAGAACCUUGUGAUUACCCUACAUGUUUAAGUUUGGAGAGCAGACUUGAAAUGAGUUUGACAGUAUUAUGGUAACACUGAACCUGUAUAUGUCUUUAAUUCUGUAUUCUCCAUCCAGAUCAUCAUGUACUGUUGAAUUACUUUUUGGUAGGUUAGCAAGAACUUUUUGUCUCCCGCCUUUGGAACAAUGCAGGGGACUAUUAAAAUGGGUUCGUCUGUCUGUCAUUCACACUUUUUGGGACACAAUAACUCUCCUAAUUGAGCUAGAAUUAGUAGAAUUUUCAAACUUAGCGUCAGUGUUUAUUAGGUCGAUGCCUUGAUGGAGUUCGAAGAUGAGCAUUUUCUGUUUAGGGUAAGCAGAGACAAGCAAUUUGGUUGGUUGAUGAUUUCGGGCACAAUAACUUUAGUUCUGAUUAAGUGAGUGAUCAAACUUGGUGUAUAGUUUCAUUACAUUAAUACCUUGACAUCAAUAACUCUCUUUUAAUUGAGGUGGAAUAUUCCAACUUGGUUAGGCGUAUAUUGUGAGAAUUGCAACGUGGUUCCCCCUUGUCAGUGAUGCAGGACGGAGGGCCUGACAAGGACAGCUGUCUAGUCGUUCGGAUGGUAUGAAAAACCGAAGUCCCAUGUACACAUUGGCAUGCGCGUAAAAGAUCCCUUGAUAGUUGGAAUUCGAUAUAAGAGUAGGCCAUAGUGCCGCUGUCCGGGCAAAAUUUCCCUCAUGCCCGUCUUCAUUAGCCCAGUUCGGAGCAGAACAGUAGAAAGUUAAACUCCAUUUCAUUUCAUUUCAUUGUGUGAAAGCCUUGGCGGAGUUCGAUGAUGAACAUUGGUAAGCAGAGAUAAGUAAUUUGAAUGAUUAUGGUCACACAGUGAUGCUCUUAAGGCACUGAUCAGUGGGUCUUUUUUUUAAGGGUGCCCACAUUCCAAUGGGUAACUUUGCUGCACCCCCACUUUUAAAAUCCUACAUACGGCCCUGUCAUUAUACCUUGACUAAGUUUGAUGAGAAUUUUCUGUUUAGACUAAGAAGUAAUAAGCAAUUUGAUUGGUGAAGACUUUAGAACAUAACAACUCUGCUUUUAAUUGAGGUAGAAUGUUAACUUGAUGUUCAUUAGGAGAAUGUCUUUACCGAGUUCAAUGAUUAGCAUUUCCCGCUAAAGCUAAAGAGAGCUAAGCAAUUUCUUUGAUGGAGAGUGAUGAAACUUUUAGUGAAUAGUUGAUAAUCAGUUUGAUUGCUAGAUACUUUUGAAAAGGAUAAACUUACAAUUAAUUAAUAUGUGUCAUCUAUUUAUUUCGGUAUUUCAUCGUGGGACAUCAGCCUCACUGUUGGCUUGUUUGAUAUACUAGAAUCCUACUUUUACUUAGAAUUAUUUAGAAUCUAUUUAUUCAAGUAUAUUGAUUUUAUUGUUAUAUAUUAUCGAAUUAACAUGUCAAUAAUGGUAAAUAAGCAGAAAGGCCAAAUAUCCCGAUAAUAUAGAAAUUUAUUUGUUUGUCCAGUUGUGGAAAAUGAAGAAAAUAAUUUUAUUUUUCCAAUUUCACAUGGGACAUUUUUGAGGCCAUUAAAUUUGGGAAUGAACAGUAGUGAGUAGACCUAAUGCAGAUCAGUUUUAUUUACUCUUCCAUAACAGAAGCAUCUAUUUAUUUGGCUACAGACAUCUUCUUUGCAUAUUUUUUUGUUUGAUAUGUAAAAUGAAUUCAAAGGGACCUUUAUUUCUGUUUUGAAAGAGUAAGUUUAUAUUUUCGGCUAGUAUACAUCUAGAUACAGUAGUUAGUUUAAAAAUGUUUUCAUGAAAGUCCUACCAGUAAUUAAGAUAUUACUAAUUUACAUUUAUUCAAAGUAUUAUUGUAUCUUUUGAUUGAAGCAUGUGAGAUGGACAUGGGUAGGCUAUAACAUUUUUUUUUUAUCACUGUGGCAAUUAGGUUUGUGUCUUAGGACAUUUUUAUAGCAGAUUUAGGUAUGACCACAUGAAAAAUUGAAGCCUAUAAUCAUAUAUUAGUCAAAUUUUUGUUAAUUUACACUACAGUAUUUAGUACCCUUGUUUAUAUAAAAUAUUUAUCUUUUAUUUAAUUUAGAGUUGUCUUUAAACUCAGUGUUCCUUUUAGUAAUUUAUGAUAUAAACUAUAGUUACUAGGUAUAUCACAACAAUCUAUCUUAUUUAUAUGAUAUAAACUAUAGAAUUACCAGUCUAUCAAAUUUUAUUCACUUUACUCAAUAAAAAGUUGAAAACCAACAA